AUGGAGCAAUUCCGGCAGGUUGGUGAAGUUCUAGGGAGUCUGAAGGCGUUGAUGGUAUUCCAACAUCACAUUCAAAUCAAUAAAAGGCAAUGCUGUUUUCUCCUUGAUGCUUUUACCAUGGCAUAUGAGACAAUUGCAGAUGAAAUGAGAAGCAACUUAAGAUUUGAAGAGAAGCAUAAAAAAUGGAAAGUCCUUGAACAACCCUUCAAGGAGCUCUACAAGAUACUGCGAGAAGCUGAGGCAUACGUUAGAAACUGCUUCGAUAGCAAGAAUUGGUGGGCCAAAGCCAUAACAUUAUACCAAAAUCGAGACUGUAUAGAAUUCCAUAUUCAUAACCUUCUUUGCUGCAUUCCGAUUGUUAUUGAAGCAAUAGAAACAGCCGGAGAAUUAUCCAGCUGGGAUGAUGAUCAGAUCAAUAAAAGGAGACUCGUGUGGUCAAGGAAAUAUCAAAAUGAAUGGAAUGACCUAAAGCUUUUUCGAUGGAAAUUAGGGAAACAAUAUGUGGUUACUGAAGAAAUCUGCAAUCAGAUUGAUGAAGUUUGGAAGGAAGAUCGAUGGAUUUUACUAGAUAAAAUCCAGCAAAAAAGAAUACCUGAAAGUCCUGGAUCAACAAAGUACGGUCAACAGCUCAUGAAUCUUCUCUUGAAGAAUCUGGAUGAGGCAGGGUCCUUGAAUGGAAAGCUCUUACCAUGCUCACUCUUGCUGAAUUCAAAAGACUACCAAGUGAGAAAGAGGCUGGGAAAUGGAGGCGAAUACAAAGAAAUCUUUUGGUUGGGUGAAACCUUUGUUCUUCGACAGAUCAAAGGAGACAUAGAGCCUUUAAUUCCGGAAUUAUCUCAACUAUUAUCGCUUUCCCACCCAAAUAUACUACAGUUUCUUUGUGGUUUCAUGGAUGAUGAAAAGAAAGAGUGUUUCUUGGUCACAGAGCAAAUGAGCAGGAAUCUUAGUAUCCAUGUCAAGGAAUUUUAUGGCCCGAGGAAGCGCAUUCCACUAGCUCUUCCUGUUGCACUAGACAUAAUGCUUCAGAUAGCAAGAGGCAUGGAGUAUCUUCACUCAAAAAAAAUAUAUCAUGGAGAUUUAAAACCUUCAAACAUUCUUGCUGAAGUCAGAAAUAUUUCUUCAGAGGGAUUUAUCCAUGUAAAAGUUACAAGAUUUGGUCUAUCAUCAGUGACAAGGCACUCUCAGAAUAAAUCAAACCCAAGUGAGGAACUAUCAUUCAUCUGGCAUGCCCCAGAAGUCUUAACAGAACAAGAAGAGUCAAAAGGUGCAACUGAUGAUGCAAAGUACACAAAGAAGUCUGAUGUGUAUAGCUUUGGUAUGAUCUGUUUUGAACUUCUCACGGGAAAAGUCCCAUUUGAAGACUCCCAUCUUCAAGGAGAAAAGAUGAGUCGAAACAUUAGGGUUGGGGAAAGGCCACUCUUUCCACACCACUGCCCUAAAUAUAUGACAAAUUUUAUUAAGAGAUGUUGGCAUACAGACCCAGAUCAACGGCCAACUUUCUCAUCCAUUUGCAGGAUACUUCGUUAUAUCAAAAGAUUCCUCAUGAUGAACUCAGACUACAGCCACCCAGAUACCCCUGUUCCUUAUAUUGAUUACUAUGAUAUUGAGUCAGGGUUUCUAAAGAAAUUUUCUUCUUGGAUGAGCAAUGAGCCAUAUCCUGUUUCAGAAAUCCCAUUUCAGAUGUUUGCAUUUCGAGUCAUGGAGAGGGAAAAAUGUAUAUCUAAUAUCAAAGAUGCCUCAGAAUCUGGCAGUGAAGCAGCUUCUAUGUCUGGAGAUGAUCAUGUGACAACUGCAGAUGAUCCUCUUCUAUCUAUCACGGAAAGGAAGAAUCCAAUCCCUGAUGAUAAUACAAAAAGGAGGCUUUCAUUAAAUAGUAGAUUACCAGAUUCAAAAGCAAAUAAAUUUCCAGGAACACAAAAAGGACAAUCUCUAAGACCACCUCAACUUUUACGCUGUUCACGUAGUAUGCAGUUUACACCUGAUAACCACAUGCUUCUAGCAAAUUCCCAGAUCCGGAGGAAGUCUGGCCAUGCAUCAGAUUCUGAGCUAUAA